AUGCCCUGUUUCCACCCCGCUGCCGCUAUUCUGCAGCUCUCGUCCCCCUGUCCUGCCGCUAUCCUGCCGCUGUCCUGCCGCUCUCCUGCCGCUGUCCCGCCGCUCUCCUGCCGCUGUCCUGCCGCUCUCCUGCCGCUGUCCCGCCGCUCUCCUGCCGCUGUCCUGCGGCUCUCCUGCCGCUGUCCUGCCGCUCUCCUGCCGCUGUCUGGAGCUGGUACCGUAGCGUCGCAGAGGUCCACCCGGAGGAAGAUCUCUGCCCGGCGCUGGGCCCAGUACACAUGCGGGGUGAGGACCUCCAUCAGUCGGCCGCCGGAGGGUCAGAGCAUCACACGUCUCACGGGAGGAAACCGAGGACUCCGCUGUCAACAGGUCCAUGUUCUGACUCCUCUGCUCCUCUCCGCUCUUCUCUGCUCCUGGUGGAGGCUCCUCUCUCCUCUGCUCCCCGUGGAGGAGGCUCCUCUCUCCGGUCCGGACAUGGCCCAUGACCGCGCGGUCCCGGACCUGGAUCGGGCCAAACUGAAGAGAGUGAUCCUCGUCACUUACGUCAUAACCACGUUAGACGUCACAUGGAUGUUCCUGCAGUUCUCCGUGACUCCCUUCUUGGCGAGGAGGCUGGGCAUGGACACUCUGUGGCUCGGGUAUCUGCAGACUGUGGUGGGGCUGCUGCAGCUUAUCGGGAACCCUCUGUUUGGGAGGUUUGGAGACCUGUUUGGGGCCCGGGCGGCUCUGUCUGUGGCCACUGGAGCCACAGUGGUGUUCUUCCUGCUGCUGGCCUCGGCUCAGAACCCGGCCAUGCUCUUCCUUCACAAACUGCCCACGCUCUUCAUGCACGUCGUGCCGGUGUCUCAGAUGGUCCUCACCGACCUCUCAGAGCCGGCCCUCAGGGGGGGGGCUCUUUCCAAACUGGGGGUGUGCUUCGGUGUCGGUAUGAUCCUCGGCUCCAUGAUGGGGGGGCACCUGGUCAUGUUGUACGGGGAGAGGCUGACAGCCUGUGUGGGAGCUGCAGGGAGUCUGUGCAAUCUCCUCCUGGUCCUAAAGUUCAUCCCCAAAAACACCAAAUCUGCAACGGCUACAGUCACACCAGUGAAGAAGUCUCUGUUCAGUUUGGGAGAGAUCACUCGGUUGCUUCAGUUUCCUGGUGUCGCCGCUACUUUCUCCAUGAAGGUGUUGGCAGGACUCCCCUCAGGGAUCUUCCAGUCCAUGUUCUCGGUGGUGGCUCUGGAGGACUUCAAACUGGACCCGCAGCAGAACUCUCACCUAAUGACCUUCUUCGGGUUUUCACAAAUUCUGAUCCAGGGCGCUGUGAUUGGUCGACUCACUGAGCGCUGUGAAGACUCCUCCCUCCUGCUGUUGGCUGUCAUGGCUGCUGCAGCUGUGGGGCUGGGCCAGGCGUACAUGAGGUCCGUGGUGCAGUUCUGUUUGACGAUGGUCCCCAUGGUGUUCUCCAUGAACCUCUUCAACGUGGUCACAGACAGUAUCCUCACCAAGAGUGUGCCCGCCUCCGACACAGGGACCAUGCUUGGCCUGUGUGCCACGGUGCAGUCGCUGCUGAGGACCGUGGGGCCCACUCUGGGGGGGGUCCUGUACCUGGGCGGGGGCCUGAGGGCCCUGGGGCUGACCCAGUGUCUAUUCAACGCAGCUGUGUUCUGUGUCCUGCUGCUGUGGCCCCUGAAGACCAGUGUGCACCAGGAAUAG